AUGUACCUAUCUAAACAUCGCUUGCUGUUUUUUAGUUUUUUUGGCUCUAUUGGAAAUAUCAUGAGUGACGAAUGGCAUAACGAAAACAUAUCAACAUUGAACGUAAUCGCAAUACUUGAAGCGACACAAAGCACAAAUCAACAGCAGCAAAACAGAGACAUUUUAUGCAGCAACGUGCAUCAGGCAGCUUCCAACUUAACCAGUUCAUUCUCUCCAAGCUUCAUAUCCGUCACAAGGAAAAAUGUUUCGCUUAAUUCUUCUCAUCGUCCAGAUGGCUUCUAUGAAGUCAAGAACACCAUUGGAGCGUAAGGUCGGCCUUGCAGAACGGGUCUAUGGGAAUAACUUGUUGGGUUAUAUAACUAUUUAUCAAAUCAAAUCACAAAGUACGCAACGGAAGACAAGA